UAGGAACGCGAGAAACGGGAGACAAAAGUCGGAAUCCGGAGGCUUUGGUCGUUCCGGCUCCGCGCAGACGACGCUCAGCCUGUUCGCGGUGGUGACGGGCACUUUUACUUGUCACCGAGACUUAAGAACAUAUUUCGAUCCGUUUUGCAAGAUAAAAUACAUCGAGAAGAGUGGGAGCGUAAACGCUGUACGUUCCAUCGAUUUUCUGCUAUCGACAAGUAACAAGCGGGUGCGUCCGCCCUGCUCUCGCUCGCUGUACCGUACGGACGCGACGUCGUGACGCCCGCGAUACGAAGCGCCGCGAAAAACGGAGUAUCAGGAUGGCCGAAGCGCGAUGAUGUAUCGUACGAGAGUCGUAAACCACCUGUGACUCGGAAUCGACUCGGAAGUGCGAGCCAAAACGGGAGUGAUCUUUGAAAAUUAUGGAUGAGCGUUUGUAUUUGUGAUUUUGGUGGCAAUUGUGCGCAACAUUGUUUGUUACAAAACGUAGGAUAGACUGUGCAAUUGUGUGAUAAUUACGGGAGUGUUCAACAAAAUAUCAAGAGGACAUCGUUAUUCAGUAGAGUAAGCUAACUUGUUAUUGACAGAUUGAUGACUAAUUGGAGAAUCAAGGAUAACAAACAUGAAAUACUUAAAAGUCACAUUAUUUACGUUCAAUGCAUUAAUAUGGUUGGCUGGCUGCGCCUUACUCGCUCUAGGUGCGUGGCUGCUCGUGGACCCGAGCAAAGACCACAUCUUUAAUCUUUUCACAUCUGACAUCGAGUCGCACAAGUUUAUUUAUGUGGUAUCUUGCACGUUGCUCGGGUUCGGCUCCAUCGUACUUUCGAUGGGCUUCUUCGGCUGCCGCGCCGCGCUACGCGGAAAUCAAUGCACCCUCGUCAGCUACAUGGGCAUGAUGGUCACGCUUAUCAUCGGGGAACUGUCAACGGUGGCCCUCGGCGGGUUCGUGACUUUUCGAGUCCUGUCGAGUCUGGAGGAAAGGCUCACCAGCAAACUGGCGGUGGAUUACGGUCACGAUCCGAGCAGCGAUAUUCCCUUCAGUCACAGUCUGGACUUCGCGCAGUACAAGUUUAAUUGCUGCGGAAUACACAGUGACAAGGAUUACAAUGGCACAGAUUGGUGGAGAGAUAAACAAGUCUCAGGGAGCAGAAACCAAGUUCCCCUUACGUGUUGUGUUCUCAAAAAUAGCGAGAAUAAAAAUACUGGCAGCCCGAUGAGCGUCGUUUCAAGGGUGUUUCACAAAGAUAAUGAGAAACCAUGGCUACGCCCGCAGCCAAAGGAUGAGAGCGCGUGCCAAGUAAAAGAUGAGGAGGGUCACGAGGGAUACAGACACAAAGAGGGUUGCCUCGCAAAAGUCACGAAUUGGUUUCAAUGCGAAAGCUUCACGUUAGUGUUUCUUGGCAUGGCAUUGGCGGGAAUACAGACAUUCGGAAUAAUAACGUCCGCCUUCCUCUGCCGAACGGUAAGAGAUAUGGAGGAAGAAUGAUACAUGGUUCGUAGUCUCAAUGAAGUGAAAAGAAUGUCGUGGCAUGCUCAUUCUAUACAUUGAUAGAAGAAAGAAGGUUUAUUUGUGUGAUAUUCUUGUGUAUCGCCACUUGGAAACGUUUCCGAAAUUAAUUUCAGUCUUGUGAAUCUGGGCAAUGAGACUACGAGUUUCCGUGAAAAGAAAGUAAACUGAAUUUUUGUUCUACAAAGUGUUUAAUCAUAAAGAAUUUCAAGACAGGAUAGCGAUAAGUGCUGCAUGCUUGAUUUUAGAUUAUGCCCGUAAUCUUUGCGCGCGUUUUGCUGUGAGUCAGCAAUAAUGUGACCAACAGACUCCACUGUACAAUAUACGCGUCUUUAUCGUGUUCAAUUUGAGUACUAACAAAUCGCAAUGCUACAAUAACGUCUCAUAACAACUACGGCAAAAAUCGACGAACAACGCAAUUUGUCUUGUAAAUACAUAUAUGCCAAGUGUCAAGAAGAUGUUGAACGAAUGGAUAUCUACAGUGCGCACGUGAGAAUUUUCGAGUCCUUUUAUUUUCUGGAAAAUUUACCUAAUUCAAGCACAAAUAAUUUUUCGCACAAAGUUAUACAAGCAUUUUUGAAAAGUAUCAUGAUUUUAACGAAUGAGAUUUGUAUGAGUGUAUGUAGGUGUGAUUGGGGUUGAUCGGCAUAUUCUGUUAAGAGAAAUUUUAUAAAGUAGCGUUAGUAUUCAAAAAAUAUAUUAAAACGUCGUUCGUUUUAAUUGUACAUAAGUUUUCAAUGUAUUGUUUAAUCGAUAUAGAUUUUUAGCUAUAAAUAUACAUUGAGCUAAAAAAAAAAUAGAAAGGAUUAUUAACGUUUAUGAUAAUAUUAAAGUAAUCGAUUUCUUUGCUAAGAACUUAAGAAAAAUUGUAAGUAAUAAGUGUCAAUCAACCCCAGUUUUUAUAAUAAUAAUAUGUGUAUGUUAGAAUUCUUAUAGAUAUUUGUCAUCCAUCUCAGAAUGAGGAUGAGCUAUUAUAUACACAUAUAUUAUAUAUAUGCAUCAGUGUGUAAAAAUAUGUCAUAUAUAUUCUAACCAAGGGAAUAAUUUCCUCUAAUUUUCGAAAAAUGUAUUACGAUAACUUGUGCCAAAGACAUUUAUUGUAUAAUAAGUGACAAAAAUUUUUAAUAUAUUUUUAUUUUCUCAAAAUAGUUGGCAAGAAAUGUCCUGCGUGUUUAUAGAACAUACCUUAAUGAUAAUAAAGAUGUUGUUCUCUGUGUAAAUUCAUUGCUUACUUUAGAUUUUCACGAGCUGUAAUAACAAGCAUUCCGUACAUCCGCACGUACUUCAUUAAAAUUUUUAAUGAUUCAAAACU